AUGCAAAAAUAUAGUGAAUCAGAGCAAGCAAAAAUUUUGAGCAAAUCUGUUUUAGUAGCUAAUAAUCCUGAACAAAAAAAUUCUGAUGAUAAUUCUGAGGCUUCUUUAUCAAAAAACUCAACGGCUAGUAUUAGAAAAAAUAUACUUGAUCAUUAUUAUUUCCGGUCUCUAAAUGAAGAACAACAAAAACAUUUUGAACAACUUAUACUUAAAGCAACUGUAUUAUGUAGUUGGGCUUUUUCAUGGGUAGAAAAUCCAGAAAUAAAGACACUUUUUGAAUUUGUUCAUCCUUUAAUUAAAUUACCAUCACGAAAAAAUCUUAGUGGUCAAAUUUUAUUCGAAUCUACACAAAAAAUAACCAAAUCAAUUAAAGAAAUAGUACAAAAUAAUAAAAAUAAGAUUAUAUUAGUGUACGAUAGCUGGAAAAAUAUUAAAAAAGAAUCAAUUUUUGGAAGUAUUUUAGUUACCUCUAUGGGCAAGCAUAAAAAAGUUCUCACUAUAUGUCAACUAAGAUCGGAGCUUUUACAUUCACGAAAUAUUCUUGCUAUUAAAAAGUCACUAAAAACAUACAAACAAAAGAUUGGUAUUCUACCUAAAAAUAAUGAACAAAUAAGUCUUGAUGAUAAUGAAAAGGAAUUAUAUACGUCAGAGGAUAACGAUAAUAUUAAUAUGAGGCAAAAGGAUGAUGGUGAUUAUAUGCAAUAUGAUUCGUUUAGCUUAAAUGAGUCAGAAGGUUUGACUAAUUUGUAUGAUAAUGAUUCAAUAUUUCAAGAUGAUAUUUAUUCUGCAGAUAAUUUGGCGGCCAAAUGA